GCCGGAGUAUCAGGUCUUCGAGGAGAGUGGAGGAGGUUGGUGGUCUGCAUCUGCGUUGGCGGCAGAUGCGGCGACGGUGGAGGCAGAUUUCGGCGAGUACAGGUCUCCAGAUGCGAUAGGGAAACAGAAAGAGGGAAAGAGGAGAUUGACGAUUUGUCGACUCCCAGGCUGGAGUUCAAUGGGAGUGGAUGAAGUUGGUUAUGCACGCCUGUGGUGGAAGCAGAAGCGGCGAGAUUGGAAGGAGAGUUGACGAUGACUCUGACUCUUUGAGAGUUGAUGAUGACUCUGACUCUUCGUGGGGCAGUGGGCCCGUUCAAGGCAAUAUGACUCGCUGUAUUUUUCCCGUGUCCGAAAAUACCCCUCCGAGAAACGCUCCGGAGGCAGCAAUUUUGAAAUGGGGGAUCAGUUUUAGGCUUCAGCGUAUUAUAAAUAGA